ACAUCUGUCUCACAAUGACCGUGCCUAACAGAUACAAAACUGAUAUUUAUACAAAGAUGGAAGCAUGGGAUCAGUCUUGAUCAGUGGCCGUUCUGACGCCGAAGUGGCAGCAGUAACAACUCUAUGCUGUGUUUUCCACGACGCCUCAUCGUUCAGAUACCAUCGCCACACGUGCUUGUAACAACUGGUCCAGCCAAGACUUGGAGAUUUGGACUCCCCCAAAUUCCAACACCAACAUGGCGGGCAGAUACUGGCGCCGUAGUAUUUCUUUGCUGGCAUUCGGCAUCUUUUGCCUCCUGAGUAGUACUACCACGGCCCAGCAAAACGGAAAAUGCAGCUCUAAUGGAGGCGAGUGCGUCCCCAGAGACGAAGUGGAAACUGGUUGUAAGCGUUCGCCGUUCCGCUGUCCGCCAGGGUCUGUCUGCUGCCUGACAACAGGACCCCAGUCGAGGCAGGGUAGUCCACCCAAGCAAGUCGGCCCGAAGCGGAAGUGCGUCAAACGUAAGCCCUGCACCCUCGAGAUGGGCAUCUGCGUACCAGUGAAAAAAAACAACUGUACUACGGGAACUGACGACACCCUGUGUAAAGGGGCGAGCUGCACCUGUUGCCUAGACGUAUUGGAUUGCAAGCAAGUGAAAAAGUGCACGAAAAAGGGAGGCCAUUGCAUGAAAGUGACCGAAGCCUCCUCCACUUGUGCGGGGAAUACUGAUGCUCGUCUGUGCAAAGGAUCGAAAUGUACUUGCUGCUUGUCGGGGUCUUGUCAGUGCGGCCGAGCCAACGAACCUCGAAUCGUAGGAGGGCAGGUGGUGACACCCGAACACAAGUAUCCUUGGCUGACCAGCAUUUAUAGGGACAAUGGAGACACCUUCAUCUGUGGAGCCAGCGUUAUCGAUGAUCGCCACAUCCUCACAGCGGCCCACUGCUUGUUCAGAGACCAAGUCUAUCCCCUCUCGCGCGACGAAGUCCGAAUAGGGUUAGCGGACCAUAACUUAAUCUCGACGGCGGACGACAUCCCCGGAGUAACGAAGAAGGUUGAAAUUGAAGACUAUGUAGUUCACGAGCAAUACGACAGUACCACUAGCGAGAAUGAUAUUGCAAUUAUCACACUGAAGGAGCCUUUAAGCUUAACAGCCGACGGACCUAUCAGACCCAUCUGCCUUCCGGCAGACGACAGCAUGACUUACGAGGGAGACGACGGCAUCGUCGCAGGAUGGGGCAAGUUGCAGUCUACCGAUUCAGCUGGAACCAACGUGCCAUACGAGGUCUCUGUCCCAAUCCUUAGUCCUGAUUGCCCAGGGGACUUCCCGAGCGAUUACGUCAUCACACAGAACAACAUCUGCGCCGGACUGGUCGAGGGAGGGAAAGACUCCUGCCAGGGGGACUCAGGAGGUCCCCUCGCCGUGCUGGAGGGCCAGACUUACACUCAGGUGGGAGUCGUGUCCUUCGGCGACGGAUGUGCCAAACCGAACAGUCCGGGAAUCUACACAAGGACCAGCAAGUACCUGGAUUGGAUCAAGAGCAAAACACAGGGCGGCAAAGUGUGUCCACCGGCCGUUUAAAGACGCUCACUGAUAUUAUCUCGUCUCUGGAGGCCUGGCUUCAUCUGAACUCUAGUCUUAUGCUUUCUGACUUGCUUGUGCUUGAGCUCGUAGUUACUAUAAUUUUGUGAAGUUCCUUAGUUCUAUCAUUAAGAUAUAAUUAUUCAAAAGAAAGGGAUUGCUAUAAGAUUCAGAGCCUUUGUCCCGGUGUUUUUCCAGAAUGACUUUUUUGUGUGCAUUUGACAAAGAUAUUCCUUAGCCAUAGUAUACUUUACAUCCCUACCUAAUUUUUUGCAGCAUUCUUUAUUAAUCAUAUUAGAAAAAAGUAUAUUCAUAAGAGUAAAAUAAAGCACCCGAAGCCAGUGGUGGAACACUCUGAUGUAUGGUUUCUAAGCUAUACGUGACAUAAGCAUAUGUCUUUGAAAUUCUGAGUGAAUAUUCGUACCUUGAAAUUCUGAGUAAAUUAUUCGUACCUUGUCAAGGCUUCAAGAAUGGCAGCUAUGAAAAGUCAUUGUCCCCGUGGUUGCAGGACAGCUUUUGAGAUUCGACCUGCACAAUUGUUUACAAGUGAGGUGGCCCGUGGCAAACCCUACGUAAGCUUGAACGGGUAAAUGAAUAAUAGGGCCCAUUUUUUGGGUAAGGAGUACAUCCGGACAUCCAAGGCUACCAAGUUCUCGUCAUUUGUUGAUUUUCUAAAGGUGCAGAAAAUUAUCAAAGGAGUUACGACGAAUGCCGAAGUUUUCUUCACUUUCUUAAUUGAUUUUUAACUGUAUAAUUUUUCAAUGGAGAAAUGGUGAUAGAAAUAAUUUCUCGGAUUACUUGUGGAAACCCUUUUUUUCUUCAAGGAUUUUAGCACUCGACCUCAUGACACAAAUCAUAUAUAUACUACUACUACCACUACAAAGUGUAAACAAGGAGUUUUGGUUGUAUUUCAUUGUUGCCAGAGGUUGAGACUUUUUCACGAAUAGCCAAUUAUCCAUUGAGAAGGAGGCAAGUUAAUAACUGUCAUAAGUUACGUCAUUAUAUCUUCGAAAGACAUUCCUCUGAGUUGGCUGACAAUGUCUACAAGAAGUCGGUGUUACUCUUAUAAUUUACCAGAAUUAUGCUACUUUCGUCAUACAGAAUACAGUCAAAAUUUAGGUAGGAAUGUAAGAUACCCUGUGACAAAGUAGGAUCUUUGUCAGGUACGUUGGUAAAAUCUUAUUCCGGAAAAAACACCGGGACAUCGCCUGUGAAUCUCAUAGUAGUCGUUAGCGGUUUCUAAAAGAGUUUAAUUUUGAAUUUAACAUUGAACAGAACAGAGCAAAAUACAAUAAGUGUUUUCUGUUAAAUUCAAUUUUUUUUAAAAAUUUGCUCUAGAGUUAAUAUAUCAUUAAAAUACAUAAUAGUUACACGACUUAACAGUCAAUAAUAGCUGAAAGCAAAAUAACAAAAUAAAUAUAUAUAUGAACAUACGUAUAUAUUUACAUUCUGUCUGACCCAUUACUGUUCAAUGUAAACUUGCCGACAUUUUUGAAUUUCAUGUCCUUUUCUUCCAUGUGUUUCGUGUGAUUCCAUUUGGAGGAUAUAUUGCACUAUAGUAAUAAAGGUUGCACUGCAUAUAAAA